GUUUCGCCCAAAGGCCUCAAACCACUGGAAGUGUUGGCAGACGUGAGUAAAGACGUGGACUGUAAACGACUGAUUGACAGUACGAUCAGUGCAUUCAAACGGUUGGAUAUUUUGGUGAACAACGCGGGCAGAGGUAUGAGCUGUCCGAUCACUGAUACGGCUAUUCUCGACAAAUACCGGGAAGUGAUGGACACAAACCUGCGUUCAGUCGUAUAUUUAACACAUCUAUCGGUCGAACACUUGGAGAAAACUAAAGGCAAUAUUAUUAACAUUUCGAGUGUUGCGGGAAUUAAACCGGUGUCCACAGCGUUUCUGUACUGUAUGUCAAAGUGUGCACUCGAUAUGUUCACCAAGUGUUUAGCCCUAGAAUUGGGGCCCAAAGGGAUUCGCGUUAAUGUUAUCAAUGCGGGUGCCGUCAGGACUAACUUUGGUCAGGCAAUGGGCUAUACCAAAGACGGAUCGGAGGGCUAUUAUAGUAGAUUGAGCGGCCAAUACCCGGUCGGACGGGUCGGUGAGUCCAUAGACAUCGCGAACGCCAUACUCUUCUUGGCCUCAGACGAGGCCUCGUUUGUGACGGGCGUUCAGUUUGUGUCCGACGGCGGGUCUCUUCACGCGCCCUUAUAAUUGGUUUAUUAUGCAAUUUAUUUAUCACACAAUAAAUCAUUGUAUUUUACAUUAAUGAUAUAUUUGUUUUAUGUAAUUAAAUGCAAAACCUAUGGAGCAUGCACAAUCAUCAAUUAUGGAUCCAAUGUAUGCCAAUUGAACCCCAAUAACACUCAACAAUUAG